ACUCGAAAGCUCUAUACCUAGAAAACCAGAAAUAUCACCUCCAUCUGUUUUGCAGUAAAUCCAAACAAUCUCGAUGGCAAACUAUUUGCGACGGAUUUGCCACGGUUUAAUCUUUCUCAUAUGGGGUUCAGCUCUCCUCAUACGCGCCAUGCCACCACCAAAUCCGAUCCAGUGCAGCCAAACCGGCUGCAAGCUCUACAACUCCUACGGCGUCUGGGGCGACCGGAAAGACUGCCCCGUGCAGGCCGUCGUCUACCCAACCACCGAGGAGGAGCUCCGAUCAGCCGUAGCCAAUGCCAACAAGAACCACCUCAAAGUGAAAGUCGUGUCCAGAUUCUCACACACUAUACCUAAACUCGCCUGCCCCACGAAUCAAAGUCGUGCGAUCCUAAUAAGCACGGAGAAGUACAACACGAGUAUAGACGUCGACGUGCCGAGUAUGACUGUGACGGCGGAUGCCGGAGUCGGGCUCCGGGCCCUGAUUGAUAGGGUGGAGGCGGAGGGGCUGAGCCUGGUGGCGGCGCCGUACUGGGAGGGUGUUAGUGUAGGAGGGGUGAUAAGCACCGGCGCCCACGGCAGCUCGUGGCGGGGCAGAGGGGGAGCUGUUCAUGAUCAUGUGGUCGGGAUUAGAUUGAUCGUUCCUGCUAAAGAAUCAGAGGGUUUUGCGAGAAUUUUAGACUUGAGGAGCGAUGAUCCUCUUCUUAAUGCUGCAAAAGUGUCUCUGGGAAUGCUCGGAGUCAUUUCUAAGGUGAGAUUGAUGGUGGAAGGAGGAUUCAAGAGGAGCAUUACAUUAAACUUCACAAAAGAUGGAGGGAUUGAGGAUGAAUUCAUGGAACAUGGCAAGCAAUACGAGUUUGGUGACAUUCAGUGGUACCCAUCAACACAUACAGCAGUCUACAGAUACGAUCAUCGACUUCCAAUCAACACCUCCGGAGAUGGGGUCUAUGAUUUUGUCGGAUUUCAAUCAAAUUCUGCCAUCAUACCCAAAUCUGUUAGAGCAUCAGAAAAAUCAGCGGAGGCUGCAAGAAACGCAGACGCGAAAUGCCUGCUGGCCUCCUCCUUCUUAGCUUACAAAAAGCUGACAGCCAACGGACUGAAAAACAACCUAAUCUUCACAGGCUACCCCGUCAUCGGACACCAGGCCAAAAUGCAAACCUCAGGCUCAUGUCUAUACUCGCCCCAAGCAGCCAAAGACGCGGUCUGCCCUUGGGACCCAAGAAUCAAAGGUCUCUUCUUCUACGAAACAACAGCCAUAUUCUCCGCCACCAACUUCGCGGACUUCAUACGAGACAUCAAGAAACUGCGCGACAUCAACCCUAAAAGCUUCUGCGGAGUCGACAUCUACAACGGCUUCCUCAUCCGUUUCGUCCCCAAGUCCGACGCUUACUUGGGCCAGCCGGAGGACUCAGUCGUCGUCGACUUCAACUACUAUCGGGCGGACGAGGGCUGGACGCCGAGGCUGAAUCAGGACAUCUGGGAAGAAGCUGAGCAGAUGGCGUUCUUCAAGUACGGGGCGAGGCCGCAUUGGGGUAAGAACAGAAACGUCGCGUUUGUGGGUGUGGAGAAGAAGUACCCGAGUUUCGGGAAGUUCGUGGAGGCGAAGAGGAGGGUGGAUCCGGGGAAUGUUUUCGGGAGUGAGUGGACGGAUGAAAUUGUGUUCGGGAGAGGGGUGGUGGAUGACGAUGGGUGUGCGCUGGAGGGGAGGUGUGUUUGUUCGGAGGACAGGCAUUGUAGCCCUGGAAAUGGGUAUUAUUGCACAAGGGGUUUGGUUUACACUGCAGCUCGAGUAUGUAGGUAUUUGUCUAAUUCAAAUUUGAUCGAAUUGAAUUAAUUAUAAAAAAAUUUAAUCAAAAUGAAUUUUAUCAAUUGAAUCAAUUAUAUAUAAGCUCAAUAUACUUAUUAUGAGAUUGAAGUACGAU